AUGAUAGAUUAAAUUAGCUAAGAAACAUCUUCUACUCAUGGAGUUGGAAUUUAUGACUUAAAAAUUUCUUACUAUUUCUAAUUUGAGGAAUUAUUAUAAAAUAUUUACAAGCUAUAUGAAUAGUCAAUUUAUUUUAAUACUCUUUUUAGAUAUGAUAUAAAUAAUAAUGAUGAUAUUUUUUAAAUCUAAUUACCAUAAGAAUUAAGAUAUGGUAGUUUUAUAAUUUUUUUUAAAGAAAUUAGUUUAAUUACUAUUUUAGUUAAAAAUUCUGAAUAAAGAGAUUUUCUUAUGCCUCUUAUAUUUUAUUUUUAGAAUUAUUUAUUGAUAGAAAGACAAAUUUAUGAAAAGUACUGGAAAGACGAUGAUCCUUUGAUUAUUAAAGCUAAAAAUUUAAAAUAAUUUUUUUUAAUGAAAAAUUAUCUUGAUGAUUAUAUAUAAAUUUAAAAUUAUAACUUUGAUAGGAUAAUUAAAAUAAGUAACAAUUAAUUAAUUUUUAGUAAUUAUACUAUUUAUAUAAAUUUAGAAAGCUAAACCAUAAGUAAUAUAGAAACUAAUUUAUCUUAUUAAAUGCAAGCUAUUAGAUAUCAAUAUUAUAAAAUAAUUUUUACAAUCAACAAGGAGAGAUAAAAAGAGUAAGAAGAAUUCAUAGUAAUAAAAACUUGUUGCUCUAUUAUUUAUGAAUUUCCUAUCACAAUAUACUUUAAAUAUCUUUUUGAGAAAGAAAACUCACUUUUAGAUAGCGAAUUUUUUGAAUAAGUAAGGUAUGCACCUGAAGAAUUUAUUGUUUAUUGUUGGGGAAAUUCAAACAGCUAAUAAUAUUACAGAUAUGUUGCCUUAUUUUAUGCAAGAAUUCAAAACAAUGAAGAUUUAAACAAAUUUUAUCAGUUAGAAAGAUAAGAUAUGAUGAAAAUGUUUAAAUUUUCUUUAAAAGAACUUGAUAAACCAAUAGAAAGAGAAUCUGAAAUAUGUUUAGCUUUACUAACAAAUAACUAGACUCAAGCUAUGAAUACUUAUGAAAUCAUUUUAGAUGAUAAUAAGUAUGUUUAGAAAAUAAAUUUAGAAGAAACACUAUAUGAGCGCCUCUAUCUUUAGAAUUCUCAAAAUAAAAUUAUCAAAAUUAAUUAUGACUAGGGACUUUUUAAUUGCUUUAUUGAAUAUCAAUAAUGUGGUGAUAGUUUCUAAUAUUAUACAAAUAACACCAUCUCUGAAAUAUUAUUUAUUAGAAGGAUUUCUUACAAUAAUCAAAAAUUGUCUACAAAAAUCUAAAUUACAGUCAUAAAUUAAAAAAUCAAGAUGGGUUAACUAGGAAUAAGUUUUGAUUUGCUAUCUUCUGAAUGGAUUGUUUUUGAACUGGAAUUAAUGACAGACUACUAGCUUGUAUCCUAAGAUUAAAAUAAUUUAUUUUAGUUUGAUUACGAGUUAUCUAAUUUUUAAAUUACGUAUGAAAAAUGUAUUUCUUAAUAAUAAAAUUAAAAAGAUAUCAAAACAGGUUUAUUGACAUAAGAAAAUAAUGUCUUCAAUAGUUAAGAAUUUAAAUUCAUUUAUGUUAAAGCAGGCUAGUAUUAUAAUAGCUAGAAAUUCUAAUUUAUACUUAAAUAUUUUAGUAAACUUAGUAUAAUAAAUACAGAAACUGUAGAAAUUGAUUAGCAAACAUUAUCGCUAUAUUUAUUCAAUAUAAAAUAUUCAAAGAAAAUAUUUAAGAUAAUGAAUUAUGGUAAUUAGUUAUUUUUAAUAUCUAAGUGCCAACUAAAUUAAAAAAAUAUUAAAUACAAACCAAUGAGUAGAGAUUAAGAUGAUAUUUUAAAAAUUAAUAAUUAUAUUUAAAAUGACUAUUUAUUUAUUUAUCCCGAAAUUUGCUCAAAAAAAACUUCAGAUGAAAAUGAUCUUUCAGACUAAAAUUGUUUAUAAAUAAAUCAACAUAAAGAAUUAUUAUAUUAAAAUGCUACUGGAAUUAUUGAAGAAAUUAUUACAAUUAAAUUGCAGCUAAAUUAAAUAUUUAACACUUAAUUAAAUUCUGAAAAUAAAUUUACUAUUUUAGAAUUAGAAAAUUAUUAAGAUUAUUAUUUGUACUUGGAAUAUGAAGCUAUUAGCGACAGCCCAGUUAAUUUUGAACUUAGAUAUUUAAAUAAUAGAACUUUUUUAUAGAGCUUUUAUUUUAAGUAAUAUCAGGAAAUCUAAAUAGUUUAAUUGCAAAACUUGAAAUAUCUUGAAAUUCACAACUACAAAUCAAAUACAACUUUUAAUUUAAUCCUUAUUAUUUCGGAAAAGCCUUUUUAUUAUACAAAUAUUUAUUUGAAUACAAUCAAAUUAAUUCAGAAAUAAGGACAAUAGUUACUACUCUUAAGUAAAAUUUUAGAUGAAAAUAUAAUAAUUUAUUUAUCAAAUAAAUAAAAUGUAAUCUGGCAAUAAAAAAUGCUAGAAUUAAAGUCUCCUGAAAAUAUAUUUAUUUUUAAUAAUUAAUUUAAUUACACAAUAAAGGAAAUUAAUUAAAGUGGUUCCUUAAAGAAAUAAUUUUACUAUUUAGAAGUUGAUGACUUUGAUGUAUAAAUAAUGAUUAAAAAGAAAAAAUAUUUCAUUUAAAAUACUCCCUAUGAUGAAUAAGCUACCUCUAUAUAAUAGUUUUCUUAAUUUUAAAUUAAUUCAUUUUCGUUUAAAAUUAAUCCCUCAUAAAUCAAGAUAUUAAAAAAAUUAGAUAUCUUAAAGCUACUAAGCCAGUAAAUUUAUUUCGUUUUUGCAAGAAACCAUCUUUUGUUGAAGUAGGAAUACAUUAAUGGAAUUAAUGACAUAGAUCUGCAAUAAAGUUUAAUUGUUUUUAAAGGACACGUUUUGGAAUAAAAACAAGUUGAUGAAGAAUAUGUAAUAAACACUUUUUUCUAUUUUAGUUCCUUAUAAAGCCUCUAAAUUUAGGAUACAGAACAUUUUUAUUUCAGAAUAUAUCUUUGUAUGAAUAAUUCGAAUUUACUGAUACCUUUUAGCUAAAUCUUUAGUUAGUCUAUAAGCUCAAAAAAGUAGAAAAUUGUUAAAGAUGUCUAAAAACAAUUUUUUAUUUUUUUAGUCAUUUUUCUUAUUAUUUCAAUUUUAGCUUUAAUAUUUUACUUUAGAUUUAAAAAAUUGUAGAAUUAUGAUUAUAUUAAGAAAUAAAUAUGA